AUGCGCUCCUUAAUGGGACUGAUCGCCGUCGUGGCGGCGGCGACUUUCUAUCUCUACCUGCUGUCGGCCUAUCUGCCCCCGGGGCCGCGCGACGCUGCCCCGCACCCCGAGGGGGAGGACCCGGGAGCUGGGGAGCACAGGCUGAAGUUCCCGUCGGACCUGGAUGAGCUGAGGGAGCUGGCAGAGCUGCUGAAGUUCUACAAGAGGGAACAUCACAGCUACAUUCUGCUGCUGUUCUGCAGCGCCUAUCUCUAUAAACAGUCCUUUGCCAUACCUGGCUCCUCUUUUCUGAACAUGUUGGCUGGUGCGUUAUUUGGACCCUGGGAGGGUCUGAUUUUAGCCUGUCUGCUGACAACAUCAGGUUCGACCUUCUGUUACCUGCUGUCCUUUGCUUUUGGAAAGAAGUAUGUGGUUCAGCUCUUCCCUGACAAAGUGGCCAUGCUGCAGAGGAAGGUGGAGGAGAAUCGCAGCAGUUUGUUUUUUUUCCUGCUCUUCCUUCGUUUUUUCCCCAUGACACCAAACUGGUUCCUUAAUGUCACCUCUCCCAUCCUCAACAUCCCUCUGUCCAUCUUCUUCUUCUCUGUUCUCAUAGGUUUAAUACCCUACAACUUUAUCUGUGUCCGCACGGGCUCCAUCCUCUCAGAGAUCUCCUCGCUAGAUGACAUCUUCUCCUGGGGAACGCUGGCUCAGCUCCUCGCCAUUGCCUGUGUGGCACUCCUCCCCGGAGCGCUGAUCCGACGUUACAGUCAAGCGCACCUUAAGCUGGAUGGGUUGGACAGCAGCAAUGGACCCAGUCAGGCAGAAGUAAGGCAGGACCACAAAAAGCAACGAUGA